CCUCUCUGCACGUGCCGAGCGCCCUUCCAGCAGGAAGCUUUCCGGGCGGGGAACGGAGCCGCGCACAUCAGUUCCUAGCGGAACCGCCUCGCCUGUCCUUUUUCGUGGCGCGGGAAGGAAAUAAGCCCGGCCCGUUUUAAUCGCACAUGGUGGCAAAAUGUAAGACUUUCUGUCUUAUACGGCGUCACAGCUGCACACGCAGAACUCCCUUCCGCGGGCAGACGCGCGGGGCCCGUCUCCACGGAAAUCCCGCGUCCGGGACGCUCCCGGGCGCACCCGCACGCACAGGCCCCGGCGGAAGCGGGGCGGCGCGAGCGGCCAUGGCGGCGGGCGGCGCGGAGGAGCUGCGGCGGCGGCUGGGGCGGCUCUCGGCGCUCUCGGUGUACCGGCGGGUGGCGGGCGCCGGGCGGCUGGAGCGGCGCGGCCGCGGGAAGCCGCCGCCCGCGGGCGGCAGGCGGGCCAAGGCGCGGCCGAGGCGCGGCGAGGCGGGAGGCAGCGGCCCGCAGCCGGAGCCUCCGCCACCGCCGCAGCCACAGCCGCCGCCGAGCGCUGCCGCGCCCCCCAGCCAGGCGGAGGCGGAGGCAGAGCCGGCCAAGGCGGCGGGCGGCGGACCUGAAGCGAAGCGGAGGCGCGGCCCCGCGGCGAGCGGCUGCGGCCCGCGGCCCACGGGGGAGGGCGGCGUGGUGGGGCUGCUGCGGCGGCUGGGGCGGCUGGAGGACAGCCGGCAGCGGGCGGGCGAGCUGUUCCGCUGGCUGGUGGCCCCGGUGGCGCCGGCAGAGUUCCUGGGGCGGCACUGGGAGCAGGCGCCGCUGCUGGUGCGGCGGGGCGACCCCGGCUACUACACGGGGCUCUUCUCCACGGCCGAGUUCGACGCCGCCCUGCGAAGCGGCCGGGUGCACUUUGGGACCCACCUGGACGUGACCAGCUAUGCCGACGGCGUGCGGGAGACGCACAACCCGGCCGGCCCGGCCCUGCCUGCCGUCGUCUGGGACUUCUACCAGAACGGCUGCUCCCUGCGGCUCCUCAGCCCCCAGGCCUUCUCCUCCACUGUCUGGCAGUUCCUCUCCAUCCUGCAGGAGCACUUCGGCAGCAUGGCGGGGGCCAACACGUACCUGACGCCGCCGGGGACACAGGGCUUUGCACCCCACUACGAUGACAUCGAGGCCUUUGUGCUGCAGCUGGAGGGGAAGAAGCACUGGCGUGUCUACAGCCCCCGGAAAGAUGCUGAGGUGCUGCCUCGCUUCUCCAGCACAAACUUGACGCAGGCUGAGCUCGGCAAGCCCGUGCUGGAGACUGUGCUGGAGGCUGGGGACAUGCUGUACUUCCCUCGUGGCUUUAUCCACCAGGGUGACUGUCUCCCUGAUGCACACUCGCUCCACAUCACUGUGUCCUCCUACCAGAGGAACACCUGGGGGGACCUCCUGGAGAAGCUCCUCCCAGCUGCUCUGCAGAUGGCUCUGGAAGAGGACGUGGAGUACCGGCAAGGGCUUCCCAUGGACUACCUGGGCUACAUGGGGGUUGCCAACUCAGAUGUAGCUGACGCUCGCCGAACUGCCUUUAUGGAGAAGGUGCAGAGCCUGAUAAAGAAACUCGUGGACUAUGCACCCAUUGAUGCAGCUGUGGAUCAGAGAGCCAAGUCAUUUCUUCAUGACUCUCUCCCGCCGGUGCUUACGCAAAGUGAAAAGGUGCAGAGUGUGUACGGCUUCCCAGCCCGGUGGCAAGAUGGAGGCCCCUGCAAUGUUGAUAUACUUAUAACAAAAGAUACAGAAGUACGUCUCCUCCGCCAUGGCAUCAUUAGAUUGUGUAAUGAAGAAGCAGGUGUGAUGCUAUAUUAUACGACAGAAAACUCAAGAGUGUAUCACAAGGAAGAACCAAAGUUCCUCGAGCUAGAUCCAGAGUAUACAGAUAGUAUUGAAUUUCUCCUGUCUUCCUAUCCAAACCAUGUCAGCGUGGAUACCCUUCCAUGUGAAACCUUGGAGGACAAGAUUUCUCUAGCCACGCUCCUGUUUGAGAAGGGCAUUCUGACUACAAAGAAACCUCUGGUGCAAGUGUAACUUUUAUUUUUUAACAAAAUAAACAUACAUUUGUUCUA